CAGGGCAAGGGGCAAAUGACUUAACGUAUUGCCGACCGACUCGCAUUUACAUAUAAUGCAAUAAGCGAAUUUAAAUUAAUAAUUCUCUGCACCUUAUAUGACACAAAUGUGAGGAACUUAGCUGAGUAUAGAAAGGCUCUUUUUUCACUGAAGAUACUAUGGAGAAGUUGUCACUGAAGGAGUUUUUCGCGGCUUAUAAGAGGUGGGUGAUAAGUAAUCCUAAUUUGGUUACCGACGUAGAGACAGUGGCUACAUGGUCUUCAUACUUCGUAGCCGGGAAGAUAAAUAAAUCACCUAUAGUCUCCGAACUCGUGUAUUCUCUAUCUAAGCUGGUUUCUUUGUUCAACGACAAAUUAAUACGAGAGGCGUACGGUUCGGAAGUGCAGUUCUACAGUCUUAGGGAGCAGAUUAAGCUAUGGCUGACCGUGAUACAUUAUUCUGAGGUUUUCGUGGAGCUUGUGGUUAAGAGCAGAUGGGGGAAUAAGGGGAAAUGGACGAUUGCGACGCUGCUUCAGCUCUUCAAGUGCUCGUCUGCAUUGAUUCUACUCUUAAGGUUCAAGGAGCUUCCAAUUCAACACCCGCCCGUGGCCGCGCUUCAAAGAAAGAAAUUUACAGAAGAAAAAACAAGUGAAGAUGGAGAGGGCUCAUUUUUCACUUUGAAACGUUCAGGAAGGGUGAUCAGACGCGUUGACGGUGCCCCACCGGUCGCAUUUAGAGAUUGGGAGCCUGUGAAAUUAAAAGAUGACAACAGCUUUCCAGUGAAUGUUAAGGACUUGGUGUAUGCUGAAUCAUUGCAUAUACUAAAGCCGCUGAUUCAUUUAGCGGCUAUGAGAGUGUUUGGCACUAAGGCGUGGCGGCAGUGGCUUGUGUCACUAGGUAUCGACUUAGCCAGCUUGAAGCUGUAUAACCGUCACAUGAAAGACUUAACCGCUGAGCAGAGGCUCGAGAUAAGUCGCAGGAAACUUGGACUUGUAUUAUAUUUAUUACGUAGCCCAAUGUAUAAUGGGUAUUCGAAGAAUGUGAUUGAAAGUGUUCUGAAAUCAGCGUCAAACAAGGUCCCAUUGAUGGCGUUUAUCUGUGGCCCUGUCAUACAGUAUCUUAGCCACUGGCAAGACAUCUAUUUCUAUAUGUGGGCUUCGUAAAUAAGUGUUAUUAUAUUCGAUAGUGUGAAUAUUAAUUCAUGUGUCUGUACCUCUUGUGUUUAAAGGUGGUUUCAAUGACAGUUCAUUUUAAUAUGUAGUAGCUGGUAUAUUAACAUUACAUUACAUAUUUGUAGAAAUGCUGCAAAAGCCGAAUUCAGUCAUUAAUUUAAAUGAAAAUUUCCUUAACUCAGAAUUUAAACAAUUUGUUUUCGAUUUUUUCCCCUAUCCAAAAGAAGGAACUAUGAUAGGGACUAUCACUUGAUAUUGACACAAGAGGUAUUCUUGUUAUGUUCAACUGGGAUAUUUGUGUCUGGUGGGGUAAAUCCGUCUUUUGAACAUAUUUUCUAAACUUAAUAUUAGUACAUUACGAUACAAGUGCGUAAAAAAGGAAGUUCGAAACGAGUGGCGAUAAAUUAAUACGACCGAAGGGAGUGUUUUAAAUCGACACGAGUUACGAAUUUCCUUUUCGCACGUGUAUCGUACGACGUUUUUCAGUACAGAUGGCCAUCCGAAGUUUCGACCUGGCAUAUAAUGAACCACUUCUCGCACUAGUGCGUUAAAAAAACACCAUAUGUACUGAAAAAUAUGUAUUAGAACUGGGCCCCCUGUUGUCAGGCAGAGUGAUGGCAGGUGGACCGAAUAGUGGCAGUUAUCGGAUAUAAGAAGCGCCUGGCAUCCGUCGGCUCGUUGGAUGGACGACAUUCGAAAAACUGCGGGGCACUUCUGGAUGAGAUUAGCCCAGGACCGGGAUAAGUGACGUACACGAAGGGAGGCCUAUGCUCAGCAGUGGGCGAUUAAUGGCUGAAAUGAUGAUGAUGAUGGUGAUAUUAGAGCUAUGAUAACCAUAUAAAUUUAAAAUUUGGUGAGCAUACUUUGAACGUAGGAUGGUUGAAAUAGUUCUAAAAAUGUUCAGUUUAGAUGAUAACCUUCAAAAGACCAAAUAACCCACCAGACGCAAUUAUCUCGGUUGAUAUUAUAUGAUUGUUUAAGUGAUAUUAAUAUGUUAUUCUCAUUAAGUUUCAAUAUUGGCUAAGCAUAAGACUAUCAUCAAGCCAUCAAAUUUAGCUUCAUGGAACUAAUUAAGAGCGAAUAAAAAGACCCGUUUUUUUUAAAGUUGUCCACCCCGCUUUUUUUGUAAUGGGUAUUUUUUUACGCGAUUCAUACACAGAAUCCCGAGGCCUUUCGAUCCUGAUAGGAGAAAAAGAAUGUCAUUCC